AUGAUGGACAACAUCUUCCUAGUUCAAGAGAUUUUGCGCAAAUAUGCCCGGAAAAGAUCCUCUCCGAGAUGCCUCCUGAAAAUUGACUUGCAUAAAACUUAUGAUUCCAUUUCCUGGGAAUUCUUGGAUUGGAUGCUUAAGUCCAUGGGCUUCCCAGCCCAGUUCUGUACUUGGAUCAUAGAAUGUGUUUCUUCCACUUCCUUUAGUGUGGUAGCAAUAGUUCCAUUUAUGGUCACUUCAAAGGACAGCGGGGUCUUAGACAAGGGGAUCCUCACUCCCCUUAUCUGUAUUCAGCUAUCUCAUUUGGCUUUUGCAGAUGAUAUUAUGCUUCUAUCUAGAGGAGAUAUCCCUUUUGUGUCAACUAUGUUUGCCAAGCUUCAGCACUUCUGUAGGGUUUCAAGGCUUUCCAUCAGCUCUGAUAAAUCUGCCAUAUACUCAGCCGAUAUUAGGCCUCAUGAGCUUUCUCAUAUUCAGCAGUUUACUGGAUUUAGCUUGGGUGACUUCCCUUUUAGAUACUUGGGCGUUCCCCUUUUAUCAUCUAGAUUAAAUGUAUGUCAUUAUGCUCCCUUACUUUCCAAGAUUACUGGCCUGAUUCAAGGAUGGAGCAAGAAGUCUUUAUCUUAUGCAGGUAAGUUAGAGUUGAUCAGAGCAGUUAUUCAAGGAAUUGUGAAUUUCUGGAUGAGAAUUUUUCCUUUGCCGCAAUCUGUUCUGGACCGAAUCAACGCUUCGUGCCGUAAUUUUCUGUGGGGUAAAGUGGAUAUUGGCAAAAAUAAGCCUUUGGUUGCUUGCUCAGUAGUUUGUUCUCCGAAAAAACAAGGGGGUUUAGGCCUUUUUAAUCUCAAGGACUGGAACCUUGCGCUUCUUUCUCGUAUCCUGUGGGACUUUCAUUGUAAGAAAGACUCUCUAUGGAUUCGGUGGGUUUACCAUUACUAUUUCAAAGGGAGCGAUGUGUGGAAUUACAAUACUUUUUCAUCAAAUUCAGUUUUGAUAAAGAAAAUCAUUCAAAUAAGGGACUUUAUCAUCUCCAAAGAGCUAAGUACGAAAGAGGCCAAAAAGAGGAUUCAAUCUUGGAGUACCAAUGAACAAUUACUUGUUGGCAAAGUCUAUGAAUAUAUUAGAGGUGUCAAGCCUACUGUGUUUCACUUCUUUGCAGCGUAUUACUGA